AUGAUGAUGAUGAAAUUGACAUUUUUUACUCAUAGAAGUGCUUUAUUUAUGGAUAUUGUUAUAUUUACUAUUGUGAUCUCUAAUUUACUCAUCCAAAUAUUUGGAGAUUUUAAGGUUCAUACUGCUGUUCAAACUAAACACUCACCAAAUCAAGAAUGGAUUGAACGUGGUUCCUCUAGUCGUCAUUCUUCUCUCACAAAAACCACCUCAGUGGGAAACAGUGGUAUCAGUAGUGUCAAUAAUUACCAUAAUAAUCCUGACAGAAUAUUAUCAUUGAAUUUAAAUUCGGAAUAUACUAAGAAUUCUAUACGACGCAAAGAAUUACACGAUCAACCACAGUUGCCACAAACCUACUGGAAUUAUUCACCGUAUAAAAAGCCGUCAAUUGAUAGAAAUUAUCAACAUGAUUUAUCAUAUCCACAGUCAGCAACAAGCCUAUAUUAUAAUCUACCAUCUUGGUAUAGUUUACGAUAUAGACGAUAUCCACGUGAAGAACCUUUGUCUAUUUACAAUGAUAAUACACAACUGCCGUGGAAUUAUAAGCCCAAAUGUAGAUCAUGUGGUCGACCAUUGUUACAAGAUUCGUUUUGUGCAGAUGAUUUUGUUAUGCGUGUCUACAUCUACAAAGAGUCAAUAGAACCAAAUGGUCAACGGUAUUACCUGGCUUAUAUUUAUGAGGUAUACAAGGAUAUCAAGCAGUUUAUGCAACCAACUCAUUUUCGUCAGAUUAUUUACAACUGUGAUCGAUUUCAAACUGGUCCAGUCCUAGGUGAAAUAUAUUUGAUAACAGGUAUUUAUGUAUCAGAUGUUCCCCAUGUUGAUUCCUGUUCUUGGAAGUCACCGUGGAGUCAAGUAACAAAGGAGCAAAAACGGUAUCUACGCAAACGAUACGCUUUACACUGUGGUACAUGUAGGGUAAGUUAACAACAAAAAUGUGUUCUGUGAUCUAUAGCAAACUGAGGAUACAGUGAAGCUAAGUCUUCCUCAUUAUAUAUUGCCACAUAAAGCAAACUUAACCUUGGUUGUAUGCGUACUAUGGGUUCAGUGUGAGCUUCUAAGAGAAACUUUCAUAGGAUAUUCAGGAGGUAUACUACAUUUUUUGUGUGUCUUCAAAGCGUAGUUACAAGCUCUAAGAUUUCAGUAGCUUUACGGAGUGAGGUCUCCAUCCUCAGGCUAAUCUUCCCGUUUAUCCUCAGCCUGCUAUAUGCUAUUGAACUAAAUGAGCUUUAGAGAUGCUUCUGCGGAAAUCGCAGCCCAGAAUAAUCGCAUGUUUGACGAACCUUCUACUAUUGAACCAGUGAUGCGGAAUGAAGUUAUGAUAUAAUCACUUUCGUACCACAAAAAUGUUAACAAACUGUUAAGCUUUGAAUAAAAGUACGAGUGACCAUAGUUAACAACCGCCCCGACCCAAUCAUUGAAUCGUACUACCCUAAGGGUUAUAUUCAAUAAAUUUAUAAAGGACCAUCUAGGUCAGACAAAAAGUCGAUUACCUGAAAGGUCAGUUCCGAAUCUCAUUAAGCUAACACUAACCAUUUCCUAAAUUACCUUCAUUCUGAAAAUCGCUUCACCUAAAUAGUGGUUUCGAUGGUCGAAUAGGUUAGAACAACCGUAUCACUACAUAUAUAUGCACAUUAAUAGGCACACUGUAUUUUAAAAAUGCAAGGUACGUGCUCAUAUUUCGUCUGAAAAGUGUAUAAAACAUUUUCUGGAGGAGCGGGCGUGCUUUAAAUCACAUAAUCCCUAACUAUUCACCCACAUUUAAACCAUCAUAUUAUUUACAUUUAGUCUAUUUUAGAAAAACAGCCUAAUAUAUGGCAAGAGAAAGAUAAACACUAUCGAUGGUUUGAAGUAUUUUCCCUUCAGAUACCACAUAAGUGUUAAGGUAAUAUAACGACUAUCCAUCAUUACGUCUGUCAGAUUCAUCACAAUGACCCCAUUUACUGUAAAGCCAAAGGUUUUAACUUUUUUCAACUCUGUCAUAAGUUCAAAUACGUCACAUUCUUGAUAUCUUUAUUUCACCUUAAAUAACCUUUAGCACUAGGUGGUCAUUUAUGUAAUCAGCGUUGUGUCACGUCCGUGUUUUACUAAAAAAGAUCUAUUUAUCAGAGGAAAUGCUUAUCCUUGAAAGUAUUUAACCGUCUGGCGAUGUUUGCCACUAGAAUAUCUAUAAAGAGAUCUACUUAUUUUUAAGUGCUGCUUUGCAGGAAUCUGAUGCAUUUUAUGUCAGUUGACACAAUGAUAUCAAGUAGAGAACCAUCGACAACACCAGUGUACAGCUGUUUCGCACUGAUUACCACAUCGUGAGUGAUCGAACGAAGUACCUAGAGGUUAGGAGGAAACAAGUUAGCACAUUCAAUCACUAGGAUGGAAUUGAAUUCACUCCUGAUAUAUUUCAAAGCAGUUUAUUAUCCUUUUUGAUGCGGUUGUUUUUUAUGAGCUAGAUGGUUUUAUUGAGAGCCUUUGAUUGACUUUCUAAACAUAUAUGUUCCAGCGCAAGCGUCUGUCUGUAUGAAGUGAAGUGAUUUUAACUAUCCAUGAAGGAUGUAAUUGUAUCGUCGAACAACUUUCGCUGUAGUUAGUUGUUAAUUUGUAUUGGAACUUAUCGUUUUAUUCGAUUUGGAAUUUGACACUUUUAUCGUGUGAUUUUAUUUCAUAGUUUAUAAAUGUGAAGUACAAUAAUGUGUCUGAGUACCCGGAUUCUAAGGUUCCCAUGAGAUGUUUAGUGUUUCCUUCAUUAACAGUUGUCUUCGCCCAAUACUCAAGAUUGGAUGGCAGGCCAGAAAAGAUCAGCAACAGGGAUCUCUGAAAAUGAGUGAACCAAUCAGAAACCGAUUGUGAAACAAAGAGGCAGGAAGAAAUGCAGAUGGAUUGGCCAUAAUUUGAGGAAACAAACCAUCAAGUGACAUCACAAGACAGGCCAUCGCUCGAGUGGAACCCAAAAAGGAAAGUGGCGAGUUGGUCGUCAGUGCGAGGGUGACAUGAAGGAGGUCAUGUGAAGAGGAGAUGAAAGCAUCUGGGGGCAGACGUGGAGCCAGGUGGAAACGUUGG